AUGGACCACAAUACCCCUGCUCCUCAGGCCUUCGCUGAACUCCUGGUGGAGCACAACCUAGACAUGAGACAGGUGCUGGGCCACCUGGCAGCAAUGGCUGCACCCCAGGCAGUCAACCAAGCCCCCAUCAAGACUGAGGCUCUGCCACCACAUGGGAUCCACCUAGACAAGAUUGACAUCCUCAUCAAUGUGGUGCAAGUGCUAGACAAGUGCAACACAAACUACAUGGAUGUACACAGGUUCUGCAAGCAGCACUACUUCAACUGA